AUGGCCGCACAAAUCAUAGCACUGCAAGAUCAAGGUCGUCAUUUCGAAUUCGAAUUGAGGGAGAAAGAGGCACUGGUCGCUCGGCUGGAGGAAAGCCUCAAAGAAAAAACAAAGUCACUCAUAUCUUCAUCGGAAAAGUUUGCAUCCGAACUCCAGCAGCUGACCAGCACCUUUCACAACCGGGAAGAAGAGUAUCGGCGUGCUGUGGACCAAGCCUCGGAGCUUGCAAUCAAGGAAGCCCGGCGGACAUCGGGCGAAGACAAACAAGAAACAAAGAGAGAGCUCCAGCAAGAGCGAGCCAGACGUCAAGCCCUAGAAAAGGAACUACGGCAAGCCAAAGAAGACCUCUCUGUCGAAGAGGAGAAAAGCAAACGGAUCGAACAAUCCAACGAAGCAUUGCAGAACGAGCUGGGUGCAUCAAAACUCGGCAACCAAGCCGUCACUGUGCACCUAGAAGAGAAAACACGAGCUCUCGAGACCCGCCUGGACCAUGAUGCUACCCUCAUCACACAGCUCAAGGCUGCCCUCUCAGACAAGGAGAUGGACUACGUCAACCUGCGAAGCAGCAUGGAGGCAUACGACGAAAAGGUUCGCGUGCUCAUCGAGCACUUGCGCGUCUGGGCGCAGGAUCACUCGCACAUUAGUGCCAUCCGCUCGCGCCUCGAGAUGCUUAGCCAAAUCGACCAAUCCUGUGCCGCGACCGCGCGCAUCCGGGAGGCAGAGCAGAUCGAUAACGUCCUCGCCCAACUACGGCAAUACUAUGCGUGCCAGAAUGAGCAAGACGCAAAACUGGGCUUUGGAUCCGGACGCAGCACAGCCGCACCAGCAGCACCAGCCGUACUAACACCCCUGCAUCAUGACAUUGACGACGAGCACGAACAGUGCGUGUCCGACCUGUCGGCAUUCCUAGACGCCGAAGUGGCAGGGGAGAAGACGGCAGGCCAUGCUAGGAGUUCUGCCGAGACGUGGACGAAUGCGAUACAGGCGGCGAUCCUGGGCGGCAGCAGGGACUCGCUGAAGACGCCUGGUUAUGGGCAAGGGCCCCAAGACCAAGGCUCGGACAUGAAGCCGCCACCAGUGCACAAGGAACGCAUCGUCCAUGUAGCAGUCGAUCCAAAGAGUGGCAUGGGAACCUUGAGCUCGCCGAUGGUUGCGAGCCCCAUACCGACGCGGACCCGACGAGAGACACGGUCGUCUGCGGCAAACAAAGCUGCACGGCGCAAUCCGGUCAGCUCGACCGGAAAGAGGGCGACUCGAAGCGCCAAGCGAAAGCGGCUAGACACCGUAACCGGCCAUGGGGUGGUGGCAGCAUCAGUGAGGGAACACAGCGAAACUUCGGUGUAUUUCCAGGGUGGCGGGCAGUCAGAGGUACUGCCCUCCAUGAUCCAGGACGAGAUCGAGCCCGUUGCGGCCAUGAUGGCCAGUUCUCGACCGGCGCUUAUCAAGAUUGAAGACUCGUGA